CCCAGGCUGAUCUCUCUCUUUCUCGGUCCCCUCCCCUCGAGUCCGAUCUCUCUCCAGGCUCCGGCGGAAUUCUGUAGUUGUGCAGCUUGUGCUCCCACCUCCCACCUUGCCGUCGUUCGCCGCCGCCGCCCGCCGAGCCCUAGGGAAAGAACAGCACGAUGGUUCAGAAGAAGAAGAAAGCAGCCGCGCCGGCCAAGCUCCGCAAGCCGCCGAAGCGCGACGCGGAGAAAAAGCUAGGCAAGAAGGCUGAUAUGACGGAGUUCAGGGCGCAGCUGGACUCCCUGGGGCUAAAGAUAGUCGAAGUGAAUGCAGAUGGCAAUUGCUUUUUCAGGGCAAUGGGUGACCAGCUUGAGGGCAGUGAAGAAGAGCACAUGAAGUACCGAGCAAUGGUUGUGGACUACAUAGUGAAGCACCGUGAGGAUUUUGAGCCAUUUAUUGAGGAUGAAGUUCCGUUCGAACAAUAUUGCGACUCUAUGCUAAAAGAUGGGACUUGGGCUGGCCAUAUGGAGUUGCAAGCGGCUUCUCUUCUCACUAGAAGAAACAUAUGCAUCCACAUGCUUAACUCACCGCGUUGGUACAUAAACAACUUCUCUGGCCGUGAAGCUGCUAAUAUGAUUCACUUGUCUUAUCAUCAUGGCGAGCACUACAACAGUGUCAGGCUGAGAGAAGAUCCAUGUCAAGGUCCUGCAAUGCAAGUUAUUAUCAAGACGGAUGCCAACAUAUCUUGUGCAAACAAUUACGCUCAAACAAAAGCAAAGGACCCGAAGAAGUCCUCACACAGAUCAACCUAUGAUCAAACAUCAGUUAAAUUGAUCAUGGCUGGGACUGGAUGUUCUGAUGCUGCCAUAGCUGAGCACGUUUUGGAAGAAAUGGAUGGUGAUGUUGAUGCUGCCAUUGAGUACAUGAUAGUGGAUCGACUUGCAAUGGGUACUGAUGAUAUGGAGGGAGACCCUUAUUUGGACUAUGCAUGUAAGGCAGAUGAAUUUUCCAAAUUGCACGAUGAGAACCGGUCGAUUGAGCACAAGGAUCAAGCUAGUUGUUCUAGCAAAGAUGAAACAGUUGAGAAACCAAAGAAUUCACAUUCUACACAUUCCAAGGAAAAGUCCAAAACCAAGGAUUGCUCUUGUGGAUCUGCAAAGAAGCACAAGGCGUCUUGUAGUUUAGCCACAGCUACAACAUCAAGAGAACCUCCAAGGGCCAAAGGUGGUCAAGGGAAAGGCCAGAAAGGAAAGAAGCAAAAGAGGAAGGAACAGACCGAAGCAGCACCCGCCAAGGUCAAGCAGUCUGCAGUUGUACCAGACCUAGGAGCUCUCUGCAUAUGAACACUGAUUGGGUCAUGCUUUACUCUGAUGGUUUGCACCGACUGCUGCAUUCUGGUUGUGAUUUCAGAUUCUCAGUUAAAGUGAACGUCAUCUGCUGAGUACUGAGUGACCGACCAAUAGGUAUCUAAUCCUAACUACGGAUAAGCGUGAUGGUGAUGUUGGCAAAUUAGCAGAUUUUUUGAGAUGGUAUAGAAUCAUAGAUGAGAGCCACUGAUACGAUUCUUUUUUUUUUCUAGACAAACUUUUUUUUUGACGACUAAUGCAGUGAAAAGGAAUACUAGUCGCGCAAAGUGUAACUGUUCAACCUGUCGUUGAAUUAGUACCACCGUUUUUCUAGUAACGAAUCGUCCCAGCCUGGUGAAAUAGCGUUUGAUCUUGUGCGGGGAAAAUUCUUCAA